AUGAGGGUGCAACUCAUAUAUAAGCCAGGUGGAACUUUUGGGUUGCAGCACUUCGUCUUUGCCUUCUCAAGCAUGACCCCGAUGGCGGCAGGUCCUGACCCUGUACUUCUUAACCCAACUUACUCUGGUCCCGAUUCUGGUCUUAUUAUCGCUAGCCCUGGACCUAUCCACUCUGGCCCUGGCCCUAUCCAAUCUGGCCCCGGCCCCAUCUAUUCUAAUCCUAGUCCUACCCACUCUGGUUCCGGCGUUAUCCAAGCUGGUCUUACCAAUAUCUAUUCCCGUCCUGGUCCUAUUCACUCUGGACCCGCUCCUAUCCACAGUGGUUCUACCCCUAUCCAAUCUGGUCCUGGUCCUAUUCACUCUGGUCGAGGUCCUAUCCACUCUAUACCUGGAUUUGUCCAUCCUGAUCCCGAUCCUAUCCACAGUGGUCCAGGCGCUAUCCACCCAAGUUCAGGCCCUGCCCAAGCUGGACCUGGUCCUUUCCACCAAAACGUUGGUCUCGGCUCUAUCUACUCUGGUCCCGGUCCUAUCCUCUCCAAUAAUGACGUAGGGCCCAUUCACUUCGGCUCUCGCGCAGAGUCAGGCCUUGGUCCUGCUCACUCCGGCCCCAGAUCUAUCCAGCAUGGCGCCGGUCUCCAUCAUGCUGGUCCUGGAUCUGUCCAUUCUGGCCCAAGCACUAUCCACUCUGACUCCGCUGCCAUCCUCGACGGUCCAGAGUCCGUUUAUACAGGACCCGAUCGUAUUCAAGCUAGUCCUGCUCCCAUUCAUUCCGGUCCUAGCACAAUCCACUCCGCCGGCCCAGGUUCCAUCCGUCUAGAUUCUGGUCCCGCCCCGAUCCACGCUGUCUCAGGACCCAUCCAUCGAGGCCCCGAAACUGUCUACAUUCGUCCCGACUCUGUUCACCAAGCUCCUCACCUCUCUAGACACGGUUCUAUCCGCCUUGAUUCCAGUCCUAUCCAUUCCGGUCCAGCUUCUGUCAACUCUGGCCCGGGCUCUGUCCAAACUGGCCCUCGCCCUAUCCAUCCUGCCACCGCUCCAGUACGCCCGCUUCACAAUGGGUUCUCUCAUCCGCGCCCUUCUUACGAGGGAGAUACUUUCAACGAUGACGGACCCGUUGCAUACAAUUUUAACUACGAUGUUAAGGACGACUACACCGGCGCUACAUUCGGCCACCAGGAAUCCCGCGACGGCUACAAUACCCAGGGGUCCUACUACUCGCCCCUUCCCGACGGCCGACUGCAGAAGGUCACGUAUUAUGUCAACGGUGACUCCGGUUUUGUCGCCGAAGUAAUGUACGAAGGAGAAGCACAAUACCCGACCUACCAGCCUGUCUCUGCGCCGGCCUACCAACCAGCCCCUUCGCCGGCGUAUCAGCCUGCUCCUUUGCACCAACCAGUUUCUAAUUAUGCUUAA